AUGUUAAAGAGGGAUUCCAGCCUUGUCAAUCUGGAAAACGCUACAGGAAUUACUCCCUUAGAGAUUGCAGAGAACAAGCUCAUAACUUACCUUCUGCAAACCCUUAACACUACAAUCUUGAAAAUCAACCACGAAAAUUACAGAUCAGGCACCAAGUUCAAGCUCAGCGCAUUCAGCACCUUCAAUUCCAUAGAUGAUGAACUAACUAUUUUGUGGAAGAAGUGCAGUCAGAGUAAGAUCAUGCAGUUGCUGCGCAAUGCAUCAGCAAAAUCAGACAAGAAGAGGAUUCUCAUCAGCUUGCAGGAUGCGAAUGAGCUGGUGAGAUGUGGUGGUGAUGAUGAUGAGGAAGGGGACCGCGAUAGGGCUGGAAAUAGCAAUAACAUGAUGACUGAUAAGGUAAAAACAUGGAUGUCAAUAUUGGACAAGCGGUCUUUUGAGUGA